CAGGUCUAACGCAGUCACCAGGCAGUCAUGGACUUCUUAUGCAGCCGCUGGUUCCCCACCCAGACCCUGAUGCUCCAAAUCAGCCUCGUUCUCGCUCUUCCUUCACCAGAUUCCCAGACAAUCAAAGACCCCAGCUCUUCCUGCACAUUGAAAAGGAUUUUGGGGGGAUCUGUCCAGCUGCGACUGAACUCCUCUUUGGGUCCUAACAUCCGAGAAAUUGAGUGGAACUGGGAUUCUGAGGAUGAUGAGAAACCACAGCUGCUGGUGUCCUGGAGGCCUAAUACCCCUAAUCCUGAUUGGUAUGACCUUGAAGAAAAACACAAGCACAGAUUCAACGUAACAGAGAUGGCUUUCCUGAGCAUCAGGAACCUCACUCUGGAAAUGAGUGGACUAUAUACAGCGAAAAUCAAAUUCCACUCAGGAAAAUCCCAGGAGGAAGUCUUUAGACUCUGUUUAUAUGUUUCUCUUUUGUCCCCUCUCACCCCAGAGCCCAUCCCCCACCCCCAGAUCCAGAUUCAUUCAUCAUCUAACACAUCAGGCUGGUGCAACGUCAGUCUAGAGUGUGGGACCCCAGGAAACACAGGGAACCUGACAGUGACCUGGCUGAGCCAGGGCCUCCCCAGGGAGCUGGAGCAGAGAGGGACGCUGGGGCCAGCCCGCAGCUCCCGGAACCUGAGCCUGAGCCUGUCCCUCAGCCACUUCAACAGCCGCCUCACCUGUGUGGUCAGCAACCCCGCGGAUGAGAAGAACGCAACCUUACACCUGGAGGACAUCUGCCCACAGAGGGGUUCUCUUCAGAGCAAAUGGCUUUGGAGAGGCAUCCUUCUUGUGGUUCUGACGGUGAGCCUAGUGGCUGGAGUGUGGAUCUGGAUGAGAAAGAAGAUGCACACUGGGAGAGGUGGGUCCACUCUCCUGCCAGUGGUGCCAGGCUCAGCAGCUACUCCCCAGGUCCUUCUCACAGUGGAAUCUGCUAACCUUCAGACUGCUGUGGCCAACAGCCAUGACCCUGCCUAUGAAGAGAUCAGCUUCCUGAGACACCCUAAGAAAGACAGGGAGAAGGGCAGCUGCCAUUCACAUAACCCGGAGUGUACUUUGGCCAUCCACACUGUCUACGAGAAGAUCCGGACAAGUACAGAGCCCCAGGGGGACGCCUAGACCACGAUGACACUGGAGCAUGGAGGGGCCUUGGCAAGAUCUGCCCCACCCCACGCUUUUCCCCUGGGUCCCCACAGAUCCCUCAUUAAGGUGAAGCUGGGGCUAAAGCCUAGGUCUUCCUGACCAAUUUUCAGCACGAGCUGCUCCCCUGGGUUCUCCAUCAAAAUUUUCUCACAUCACAGAUGGUGGGUGGUGACUCUGCUACUCAAAUAACCAAAUAUGAGAAGCAAACCCUUCAGCCUUUGGCCACACUUCUGACCUGUGAGCCACUUGACCCCAUCAGGGAACACUCAUGGUCAGGCAGGGCCUGCACAGGGGUGGUUGGGGGAGAGAGAUGAUUCCUUGGAACAGGGUGCAUCCUGGGGGCCCUGAGAAGGAUGGGCCUUGGGUGUAGGACCUUCAGGAUUUCACAGCCCGGCUCGCUACACGUGAAUAGAGAGAAGAAUGGCCCUUGACUGUGGAAAAAAGAGACCUGCAGAUACAAGAUUCAGGGCCAACUGUGUUGUAGAGGAGAAGGGUGGAAAGGGAAGGAAACAACUUUUUGAGCUCUGUCACCUACUAGGCUUAAUUCUAAGCACAGGAAAUGUACUAUCUAGGUUCUCAAAAUUCAAUUAAUUCACAGGCUUUUUUAUUUUUAUUCAAUAAUACAUGCCUGCAGUACAAAAGUCAAAAGGCAUGUCCUGUUGAAAUGAUAA